AUGCCGGCUGCCACCGGAUCGUCGGACGUCGCCUGCGAGUACGACGGCGUCGGCGUGGCCCUCGAGCUCGCGGCCCUCGCCGCCUUCGUCGUCCUCCUGCGGUACGCCGCGGUGCUCUACGCGAACCACCUGCUCGCCACCCUCAGCGUCGACGUCGACGACGACGACCUCCCCGCGGGCACACGCGGCGAUAACGAGGGCGGUCGCUGCGGCGCCUCGGGCCUCGACGACGCCGCCAUCGCGCGGCUUCCCUGCUUCGUGAGCCCCGGCGCCGCCGCGGCGGAGUGCGCGGUGUGCCUGGGCGCCGUCGAGGAAGGCGAGACGGCGCGGGGGCUCCCCUGCUGCACGCACGCGUUCCACGCGCGGUGCGUCGACGCGUGGCUGCGCCUGCGCCCGACGUGCCCCGUGUGCCGGGCGACGUGCCGCUGA